GAGGGAGCCGAGUUGGUUUGUUUUCUUUAUCCUCGGGAGAUUUGCAGAGAGGAGAUUGCCGAAUUAGAUAACGUUAACGCAAGCGAGGGAAGGAGGGAAAACGACAGCAUGUUUCAUAAGUGAGAGCGUUUAAUGAUUAUAGCUACAAGCAUGGCUUCUUUACUACCCAAAACGGCACCGCAUGUCCAUCCCCUCGCAAACCCUUCUUCUCCCGUCAAUGCUUUCUUCCCUUUCCGUUUCCACUGCCUUAAUGCAUCGUUGCCUCGCCCCAUUCUCUUUCCCCUCAAAGUAGCCUCCUCUUCUGACGCUGAUAGUUUGCACGGAAAGCCCCUCGUUUCUCAGGGAAAGGGAAUUUUGGAGGAACAUGGUUAUGCCUAUGAAGAUGAAGAAGAUGAAGAAGAAGAGGAAGAGAAAAUGGUUGAUUGGGAGGACCAGAUUUUGGAGGAUACCGUUCCUUUGGUUGGUUUUGUUAGGAUGAUUCUUCAUUCUGGACAAUAUGAAAGUGGAGAUAGACUAAAUCCAGAUCACGAGAAAACUAUUCUUGAGAAGCUGCUUCCCUUUCAUCCAGAAUUUGAGAAGAAGAUUGGGUGUGGAAUUGAUCAUAUCACGAUAGGAUAUCAUCCUGAUUUUCAACACUCUAGGUGUUUGUUCAUAGUACGACAAGAUGGAGAACUGAUUGACUUUUCAUACUGGAAAUGCAUAAAGGGUUUGAUCCGAAAGAAUUAUCCAUUGUAUGCAGACAGUUUCAUUCUCAGACAUUUCAGGAAGAAAAGUCGCAAUUUGUGAAGUUUGCACUACCUUUUGCGGCAUGCUAUUUUAAUGGCCUGAAAAAAAUGAACGCCGAAAUUUCUGGAGCUGGAAGAGUGGUUAGCAUUUAACGAGUCACUACAAAAGGUUGCCAUCGAUGCUAGAAAUCGACUCCAUUUUAUUAUUGAUGAUAUUUGUAGUGAUUUUUAAAACAUAAGAAUGUAGAUUGUGUAUAUAGACCGAUGAUAAUGUAGCUUUCAGUUUAAGUAACUUUCAAUAUGAAGGAAUUAAAGCUUAUU